AGCUUAAAUACCCUAAAUUGGCAUUCAUCACUCCAAACCAUAUCCCCUUCAUCUACCACAUAAACGUACCCGAAAGAUCAAUGGCAGCCAUGGCAACAGCUCUCACCUCACUUUCUUCAAGCCCCAAACCAUCUUUCCUUGACCACAAGUCAUCUUUCAAUGGCACCCCGAUUCCGUCUCGCUUCACUCCGAUUAAAUCCACCUCGCAAAACUCCACCAUUUCCAUGUCCUUGACCCCUCCUUAUGACUUGCAAUCCUUCAAAUUCCAACCCAUCAAAGAAUCCUACGUUUCCCGUGAAAUGACACGCCGCUACAUGAUGGACAUGAUCACCUACGCAGACACCGAUGUUAUAAUCGUCGGCGCCGGUUCCGCAGGCCUUUCUUGCGCGUACGAGAUAAGCAAAAACCCCAACAUCCGUGUCGCCAUAAUUGAACAAUCCGUCAGCCCCGGCGGAGGUGCAUGGCUUGGCGGGCAGCUAUUUUCGGCCAUGGUCGUUCGGAAACCGGCACACAGGUUCCUCGACGAGCUCGGCAUCCAGUAUGAUGUACAAGAAGAUUACGUGGUCAUAAAGCAUGCGGCUUUGUUCACAUCGACAAUCAUGAGCAAGCUCUUGGCAAGGCCUAAUGUAAAGUUGUUCAAUGCCGUGGCGGCCGAGGAUUUGAUCGUGAAAGGGAACCGAGUCGCCGGUGUGGUGACGAACUGGGCCUUGGUGUCGAUGAACCACGACACACAAUCUUGUAUGGACCCGAACGUGAUGGAGUCCAAGAUUGUGGUCAGUUCUUGUGGACACGAUGGACCAUUUGGAGCCACUGGAGUCAAGAGGUUGAAGAGCAUCGGCAUGAUCGACAAUGUUCCCGGAAUGAAAGCACUGGACAUGAACACGGCGGAGGAUGCAAUCGUCAGGCUUACAAGGGAAAUUGUGCCUGGCAUGAUUGUAACUGGGAUGGAAGUUGCAGAGAUUGAUGGUGCUCCAAGAAUGGGGCCGACAUUUGGAGCAAUGAUGAUAUCUGGGCAGAAGGCAGCACACUUGGCUUUGAAGGCAUUGGGGCAGCCAAACUCCAUUGAUGGGACCUUGAGCGAAGCUGAAAGAGUAGAGUCGCAGCCAGAGUUCGUUCUUGCUGCCUCUGAAACAGAGGAGACUGUGGAUGCUUGAUUGGAUAAAUUUUCAGGAAAUAUUGGACUAAAUAAAGAAACAUGUGGAUGAAAUUAAGCCUUUGAUGGAUUUGAUGCGAGUGAAAGGUGGACUUUUGUUUUGAUUAUUGUCCAUGUAAUGUUUGAAAAUGAAGAAAAAUAAUACCAGAUUGAGAAAUUAUUGAA